AUGCUCACGGCGGCAUUUACGUUCGAUCCUUGCCAGGGCGACACUUUCUGUGCGCUGAUCUCCGGGGCAAAGCUUGCGCUGGCACCACGCGUGCGUUUGCUGCAGGACUUGUCGAACGUCCUCUGCCAGUUGGAGGCAACCCAUGUCUGUGCCACUCCUGCACUCUGGCGCCUGGCCGAAACGAAUGCUCAGCUGCCACAUCUCCGGUGCCUGUCGCUGGGAGGAGAGAAGAUGCCUCCGGCGACAAUUCAACGGUGGGCGCCGCAGUUGCUGCUUCGCAACAUAUACGGUGUCACUGAGGCAACCGUUUACCAGACAGCCAUGUGCAUGUCCGCUGAGGUGGGGCCCCAGAUGGCUGGAAAGCCUUUGCCUGGAGUGCAGGUUUGUGUUGCAAAGUGGGAGAGUACCCUGGAGCCUGAAGAGCUGGGCCAAGAAGGCGAAAUCUGCCUGGGCGGUCCUGGCAUUGCACGCGGCUACCUUGGCCUGCCUAGCUUGACGGCGGAGCGCUUCCGAUGUCAGCCUGGCAAGGGCCGUUGCUACCGCACCGGGGACUCUGGACGAUGGACGGAGUUGGCAAGCACAUACCCUUCGCUUGAAGUCUUUGGGCGCAGGGAUACCCAGAUCAAGCUGAAUGGCGAGCGGAUUGAGCUUGGUGAGGUCGAGCAUCUCCUGGGCACAAGUCCUUUGGUCACCCAGUGCGCCGUGAUGCCCUGGGGAAAUCAGGGAAACCUCUUGGCCUAUGUGGUCUUGGCUGGCGAGACGAUGGAUGGCUCGGUUUAUUUGGCACUGACAGAGCACUGCGACUGCCACCUGCCACGGAUCAUGAGGCCCAGGAGGCUUGUGGCCAUGGACGCCCUGCCCGUCACGGCCAACGGCAAGAUCGACCGAGCGGCUCUGAUUUGUCCACCGGAGGUGGAGGUCGACAAGGGCGCUUCGCUGGAGCCUUUGUCGCCCCUUGAGGAAGCCAUUGCCGUGGCCUGGACCUCGGAGCUUUCCCUGACAGUUCCACUGGGACCCUCGGCAGACUUCUAUCUUUUGGGAGGAGGCUCCGUGCAAGCAGUUCGUGUCACGCGUCUACUCCGCGCAGUGCUGCAUGGAGGUGGUGGUGGCAAGGCCAAGUGGGCAGAGGGCGUCAGUGAUUGGCGUAAUCCUGCUGGAGACGCAUCCCUUUUCCUGCCCCCUGACCGUGCCGGCGAUGCAGAGUGCCACUUUGGUCUGUGCGACGGCGGGCCGUUUGCCCCCUGCGCGCUUCUUGAGCGGCCCGCGCUGCGUAACUACGCGAGCUUCCUGGCAGAUGCUGGUGUGCGUGUUGGAUGCAAGAACGGGGAGCUGACUUCACAGACUUCGGUGGUGCCUGCACAUGGCGACCUGCCUCGAGCCCUGCAGAGUGCCUUGCGCACAGGUCGAGAGAUACUGGUGCAUGCCUUGCUUGUGGCCCGUGCCUCAGCAACAGGAGGCCUGGGCCGAAGGCAGCAGGGCACGACUCCACUUCACUGGGCAGCGCAGAGGUGCAGCGGAUCUGUGGUGGAUGUGCUCGUGGCUUUCAAGGCCCACGUGACGCAUUCCACGGAGGCUGGGGCAGUUCCUGCCCAAGUGGCUGCAGCAGCUGGAAAUGCAGAUGCUUUGCGCGCCUUGCUGGACAAGGGUACUCCGGCCUGCGUGCGCGAUUCUGGAAAGCAGUCGUUGCUGCACUACGCUGCUCGAUCCGGCUGUGCCGCACGACCACAAUACAUUCAGUCAUCGGGUCGGGUGCUACAGGGAUGGUGA